ACUGGGAGGUACAAGAAGCACGCCGGGAUGGUAACCUUCCAGUCCGGUGUGCCUCCCUGACCCACUAUGUCUGCCCUUGCCGAGGACCGACAAAGUGCUGACUCCUCGUCCCUGCACAAAGUCGACGAAGAGAAGGCAUUAGGCCAUGAUAAAGAGCAAAUUCUGAAGGUCACGGAAUUUGAUGACCCUAACAUUGACGAGGAUGCCAUUAUUCUCGAGGACGACUCGCCCUACCCGGAAGUACGAUCCGCCGUCGCCAACACAGACGAUCCAGAUAUUCCUGUCAACAGUUUACGAGCAUGGGUCAUUGGUAUCAUCUUGGCCAUAGUCAUCCCGGGAAUGAACCAGUUCUUCUUCUUCCGUUUUCCCUCCGUCACCGUUGGCCCUAUUGUAGCUCAGUUGAUUUCCUUCCCCGUUGGUCGAUUGUGGGCGAGGAUCGUACCCCAGAAGAAGCUUUUUGGCGUGGCGCUGAAUCCCGGACCCUUCACUAUCAAAGAGCAUGUGCUCGUCACCAUCAUGGGCAGUGUUGGCUACCAGUCUGCAUAUGCUACCGACAUCAUUGCUGUCCAGAGGGUCUACUACAACCAGAUCUACAAUUUCUCGUACCAAUGGAUGGUAGUCAUGAGUACACAGAUGAUCGGAUUUUCCAUCGGAGGAAUUGCUCGUCGCUUCCUGGUACAACCUCCAUCUAUGAUCUGGCCAACGAACUUGGUAUACUGUGCCUUGUUUAACACACUUCACCACCAGCAAUAUGCUGGUAUCGGAAACCGAGGAGGUAUCAGUCGUGAACGAUUCUUCUUGUACGCGUUCAUUGGUUCCCUCGUUUGGUUCGUCUUCCCGGGAUACAUCUUCCAAGCCCUCAGUGUCUUCAGCUGGGUAUGCUGGAUUGUUCCCGAUAACAUCGUCAUUAACCAACUUUUCGGUUACUCGAGCGGAUUGGGAAUGAGCCUCAUCACAUUCGACUGGUCCCAGAUUGCUUACAUUGGUUCCCCCCUCGCGACACCUUGGUGGGCAGAAGCCAAUAUUGCUGUUGGAUUUUUGUUCUUUUUCUGGUUCCUUACUCCCGUUCUCUACUACACGAACACUUGGUACAGCAAGUUCAUGCCAAUCUCGUCACGCACAUCAUUUGAUCGUUUCGGCAAGACAUAUGAUGUUACUCAAAUUAUCAACGAUGAUGCUACCCUGAAUUUGGCGAAGUACGAACAGUACAGUCCACUUUUCUUGUCGACUACAUUUGCCUUGACCUACGGCUUGUCCUUUGCCUCAAUUUCUUCGACACUAAUGCACACGUUCCUCUUCUUCCGCAAGCAAAUCUGGAUACAGUCCAGAAGGUCAAUGCACGAACAGCCUGAUAUUCAUGCUCGUCUCAUGUCGCGCUACAAUCAGGUUCCUGACUGGUGGUAUGUGAUAGUCUUCAUUGUCAUGUUCGUUUUCGGCAUCAUCUCCAUCGAGGUCUGGGAUACACAGUACCCAGUGUGGGCAUUCGUUCUCGCGUUGAUCAUCUCAUUCGUCUUCACGAUUCCCAUCGGAAUGAUUCAAGCCAUAACCAACCAGCAAGUUGGCCUUAACGUGAUCACUGAACUCGUGAUUGGUUAUGCUCUUCCCGGCCGUCCCAUUGCAAUGAUGAUGUUCAAGACAUGGGGUUACAUCACAAUGGCACAAGCUUUAACGUUCAGCUCCGAUUUCAAGCUUGGCCAUUACAUGAAAAUUCCACCCAAGACAAUGUUCUCCGCUCAGAUUGUCGCCACAGCUAUCGCUGGUACUGUGCAGCUUGGCGUUCAAGCUUGGAUGUUCACAAAUAUCGAGAACAUGUGUGACCCUCACCAGAAGGAUCACUUUAUCUGCCCGAGCACCCAAGUCUUUGGAACUGCGUCCAUUAUCUGGGGCGUAAUUGGUCCUAUCCGUCAAUUCUCGAAAGGACAAGUCUAUUACCCUUUGCUAUUCUUCUUCCUCAUCGGAGCUAUCGCUCCCCUCCUCGCCUGGUUGGUCCACCUCAAGUGGCCCAACUCCUUCAUCAAAUACGUUAACUUCCCAGUCAUCUUCAGUGGUACCGGCCUCAUUCCACCAGCCAGCGCUGUUAACUACGUGCCAUGGACCAUUGUCGGCUUCGUAUUCAACUACGUCAUUCGCAGACGUCACUUCGCUUGGUGGACGAAAUACAACUACGUGUUAUCUGCGGCGCUGGAUGCUGGAGUCGCUGUCUCGGCCAUUCUCAUUUUCUUCUGCCUCCAAUAUCCUAGGAACGGCACCAUUGGCGAGAAUAACAUUCAAACGUGGUGGGGUAACACCGUCUUUGCCAAUACUGCUGACGGUAAUUCUACGCCCCUGAUAUCUUUGGCCGAUGGGGGAACGUUUGGGCCAUCAACUUGGUGAUUGUUCGGAGAUUACGCUUUAGACUGCCAUGAGACUUUUACGAGGGACAAAUCGAUGCUGACAUUGUAUAUUACUUUGUAUUGACCGUCGCUUGUACUUGUACCGUCGAUAUUGUGUACGAUAUUGAAAGGAGUUGUUAGGGAAGCCAUACCCUAUGUGAGACACGCGGGGAUUUGAAUAAACACGACCGUGUAUC